UCUCCCACGCUGCAGUCGGUGGCUCUGGCCGGAAUCAGACCCGGAAUCGGAAACGGAAUCGGUAUCGGAAUCGCAAUCCGAAUCGGAAUCGGAAUCUUGCCCGGAUUGCCAAGCGGACUGGGAGUGAGAGCGUGUAUUUUUAGUGCUUGCGUGCGAAAUUUUGUUGGUGUCAAAGUUAAACAAUUUACGUGAGAUUGCAAGGACAGGCUAAGAAGAAGCAGCAGUAGGAAAAGGAUAAUUGCAACAGCAACAUACGAAGCAACUGCAACUGCAACAGCAACAUUUGCUGCCAGUGCAGCUCCCACAGCCGUCGCCGCCGCCAAGUUCAAAAUCAACGCCUGACAAUGACAAAGGCAGCAGCAGCAACAGCAGCAGCAACAGCAAUAACAGCAGCAACACCAAUCAAAACAGCAGCAGCAGCAGAAGCAGCAACAUCGGCAGCAGCAGCAGCUGCAACUGCAACCAAAGCAAUAACAAUCAAUGGGCAGCAAGCGACAUGGCGACGUCAACGAGGCUGCACAGCAGCAACAACAGCGGCAACACGAAACAUGCAGCAGCUACAACAGCAAAUGCAGCAACAACAGCAACGAUUGCAACGCCUGAAGGCGGCCGGUGGACUGGAGGCGUGGCUGCCACCAAUGACGUCGCUGUGGCGGCUGCCAACUGACUAUCUCGCCCAGCUGCUUUUGGCCCUCUGCCUGCUGGGCUGCCUCAGCCCCUUUACAGCUGCACUCGAGGAGGACUGCGUGGACUUUCAGGGCAACAAGGUGAACCACGGAAUGCUCUAUGUGCCGGGACCAGGAGUCUGCAGCCUCUGCGUCUGCUAUCACUCCGAGCCACUCUGGUGCAAGGCCAUCUACUGCGAUCCGCCCUACUUUUGCAAAAACUUCCGAGUUGGCGAGCGUUGCUGUGAGUUCGAGUGCUUGGAUCCGCCCGGCGAGGACAAACUGUACCAGGAGCGCAUGCGAAAGCGGGCCGAGAUAUUGGCCGGCAACAGUACAGCCUCGAAUGUGCAACUCGCGCCGAUCGCCAUGUCCACCAUAAUGCUGGGUUUCCUGGGCAACAGCUUGCUGAACUUAUAACUUGAAGUCAAAUAGCAAACUGGCAGCGAUGGAGACCAACGCAAGGCGAAGCUAGAUCACAACAUUCACAUUUUUGUUGCUCCUCAAAGCGUAGGACACACUACCCACUACCCAACAAAUUAUUACAGUGUAAUGAUAAUAGGCGAAAUGCAAAUGAAAUCGGGCCACGUAUCUGUGACCAACAAUUGAAUGGAUGCAAAGAUGCAAAGAUGCAAAGAUGCAAAGUGCAAAGUGCAGCGUGCAAAGAUGCGUAGGUUUUCACUUAUAUCCCCAGACUUCAAAUAGGUACAAUAAUACAAUUUCAAUGGACAUAUGGAACAGGAAACAGCUAGGGCAUGGAAAGUCGCCCCGAUUGCAGAACAUAUUCGAGUACUUUCAAUGUGAUCCGUAUCCGAAUCCGAAUCCAAAUCGAAUCGGUAUAUAGCCAGCAGAUAUAUAGCAUAUACAUUUAUGUAUCUACAUCUAAAUAAGUACGAGUAUAGAUGCGUAAGCCAGCAACACCAAGAAACCAGAACAAACUCAUCAAGCGAACGUAUAAGACAGUCUCUAGCUCCUAAGACUCUAUAGUAAAAAAGAAAUAUAUAUAUAUAUAAUAUAUAUACAUAGCUAUAUGGACACAUAUGUAAGCGUAUUGUACAUACGAGUAUAUAGCUCUGUGUAUCGGAUCAAAAAUUGUUGAUUAGUGUUUAGCUAACUGAAUGAGGGCAACUUCUUCUAGGAAGAUAGGUUUUUUUUAAUCCAAUAACAAAUGUUCACCUCUACACACACCACAGUUCACCACAUUAGCAACUGCUACUAGUACAUAUAUAUCUAUUUUUUUGAGCUGUCAGCUGUUAGUUUCGAACUACAAAUUAAUUGAAAACUAUAUAAUAGUCGGGUAGGAAUCGUUGGAAACGAUUGGAUUUAAAUGCGAAAACUUGACAGCUCUGGUUACUUUCUAACCAGCAAAGAAAACACGUUGAAUAUUUCUAUGAAUGGCGGGUAAGGGCGAUGAAAAGUGUCGAUCUUAGUGAAGGGUAGUAAAUUACACAUAUCUUGGCAACAUUUUUUCCAAAAUAUUACAACACGAAUGAAUCAUUAACUCUCUUGCAUUGGUGCUAAUUUUAUCGUAGGCUAAAGAAAAUCAAAUUUAAAUCACACACUCCUCAAUUCGCACAUCACACUCCCCUCCAAUCAUAUUGAAUCAAAUUCUCUUUAACAAUUAGGUAAUGUAAUCGAAAGCAAAAGAAAAAAACCAAAAAAAAGUGUAGUUAACCAAUUAAACGUAAUGAAUCUAUGUUUUGUGUAAGAAACUUGAAUUUGCCUAAGGUAAAUCGAUUAAAAUAAAAAAUAAUAAAAUAAUAUACUAACUAACUAGCUAAUGAAAACCAACUCCUAUGUUAGCUCGCUGGAUAGGUUUUCCCAUUCAUUUUCCCAUUCGGAUAAAUCAAUAAACGAAGAAAAAUCCAAAUUGGACAAAGCUUAGUAGACAUGUAGGAAAAUCCCUUCAAGAAGUAUAGAUCUCGUUUCAACUUUAGGCUAAUCUAAUGACUCUGCAGCCAUCUCCGUCUCUUUCUACUAAAUAUAUAUAUAUAUACGAGUAUAUAUAAAUAAAACCUAUGAAUGUAGCAAAUAAAAAUAUUAGAUAUAUAGCUGGACCAGCGGGAAAAACGUGAAACUCAAAUGUAGUCGAUGAAAAUCACAAUCCAAAAGGAAGUUGGUCAACAUUUUCGUUUUUCACUUGACAGCACAUCAAAGCAAAUUACAUUUAACAACAAACUAAUAAUAAAUAUAUAAAAAUGCGGGAUAUCCGAGAAAAAACGUGGAGUACGGCUGUGAAAUUAUGUUUGCUUUAAAAUGCAUAAACGCAACUGUAAAUAUUAAAAUGAUCACUAAAGUAUAUAGGCCAUAAUAUGGUAAACAAAAAAAGAAAAAGAAAACUAUUCAAAUCAAGAAGAGAAGAAAGUUGAAGAAAAGUGAAAUGAAGCUCAGCGAGACAGGAAAUUAGACGAAGGAUAACUAAUUAACUGAAUGUACAAUUCAAAAUGCCACAACAUCUGACCAAUUAUGAUCCAUAACAGAUAAUAUAUAUAUAUAUAUACAUAUAUACAAACAGAUAUGUAUACAUACAUCAAUCCAAGUAUCUGAUAAGAUAAAUGACAAAUUUUAAUUAAGCCAGUGUUCGGAAGAGAAGACGAUGAUGACAAUGAGUAUGCAUAAUGAGAAUGGGAUUCAGAUUGAGAUAGAGAUUGAGAUUGAGAAUGGCAGAUUCGAAGCGCGCUUAAACAAUUUUUAACAUAGACUCAACUAACAAAUGCAAAUUGGCUUUAAUUAACAACUAAUAACGAAGAAAUCACACCACGACUAAUAACUAUAACCCAAAGCUAUUGAUACUGAAAAAGUAUUUGAGUUCUUUUCGAACGAUUUUAGUUCUAGAUAGCAGUGUUGUGAAACAACCGAAAAAAAAACUUUUUCCUAAGCUUAAGCGCUUUGCCGUCUGCAGAAAUCCUUGUAAGAUCCUCGAAAAUAAAAUGUUUUUUUAUAACCGAUGCAGUGGACAACAGGCAGGAUAUAGAGCUCCUAGGAUUCCGAUAUCUGGAAUGAUACAACAAAUACAAACGAUCUAAUUAAACCGUUUCAACACUGACAAUGUGCAAGAGAGAGAGAGAGAGAGAGAGAGAGAGAGUGAAACACGCAGCGAAAAAGAUAGAGAUAGCAUAACUAAUUUAUGCUUUUGGGCUAUAUAUCCUGCCUUCCAGACUGGAAAUUAUUCAUCUUUAUUACCGAUAUUACUUACUGUAGAGCAGGAAAUAUUUUACAAUUCUUAAACCUUACCAAAAACCAAAACCAAAUCCAAAAAAAAAGGCUAACAAAACUAUUAAACUUGACAAUUUCUAAUGUUAUCGAAAUCAAAGUUAUAACAAGGAUGUAACAAGAAAUGAGAAAACUUCAACAAAAUACGACAACUUAUUGAUUCCAAAUAAAGAAACAAGGCAGCAAAUGUCAUAAAAUGUUAACCGAUAAUUUCGCAGAAGAGGCAAAUCGAAAAUGCAAAAUCCAAAAUCAUGUACGCAUACCUUAAUAUAAUAAUAAUAAUAAUAUUAAUUCUAAUACCAGAAAAAUUUUAACAAAAAUAUACAAAUAUUUUCA